GGGGCUGCCCCCAAGGACUCAGCGGUGGAGCGAGAGGAGGAUGCGCGCAGCUGGUUGACAGCCUGGCAAGUUGGUCGGUGGGUCCCGGAGACAUUCAGGUUGUGACAGGGCUCCCGAGCUGAACGCCUGUCCGGACGCGCGGCGUGAGGAGGAGCCACGGAAGAGGUGGGAGGCGCAGCCUCGCCUGGGCGCCGCUGGAGGCUUCCCCGAAGGGCUCAGCGCGCUCGCUCACACCGCAGAGGCCGGCGCCGCUGUCCCGCCGCCUCCACACCCAGCAGCUGGCGCAGCGAUGGGCGCGGCUUCGAACCCGAGCCCUGCCCACCUCCUUGCCAGUCCCUUCCAGACCCGGGAAUCCACGAGAGACCCGGGCAGCCUGGGCUUGACGCUUCUCGGAGGUCGGGGACCUGGUGAGAUUUUCAGCCAGGAACCAGCUCCAAAAUGGCACCUGUGAAGAAAAGACUUGAGGUUCUCUUAACUUUUAGUCAAAGAUCUGCUGGUUACCUACCAGCGGGUAACCAAGACUGAAGAAGUGCACAGCAAGAGGGGCAUAUGAUGACAUGGAGCCUGAAAUAAACUGCUCUGAAUUGUGUGACAGUUUUCCUGGCCAGGAGCUGGAUCGGAGACCCAUUCAUGAUCUCUGCAAGACAACAAUUACCUCUUCCCACCACAGCAGUAAGACAAUUUCUUCAUUAUCUCCUGUCCUCUUGGGUAUUGUGUGGACUUUCCUCAGCUGCGGACUUCUUCUGAUAGCCUUCUUUCUUGGCUUCACAAUUCGCUUCAGAAAGAACAGGAUUGUGAAGAUGUCCAGUCCCAACCUGAAUAUUGUGACCUUACUGGGCAGCUGUCUGACUUAUAGUAGUGCCUACCUCUUUGGAAUUCAGGAUCGAGAUGCUUCAGGGGGGAGUUCAAUGGAAACUCUCAUUCAGGUAAGACUGUCCAUGCUGUGCAUUGGGACCUCCCUUGUGUUUGGACCCAUUCUGGGGAAGAGCUGGCGACUCUACAAGGUGUUUACCCAGAGGGUCCCAGACAAGAGAGUGAUAAUCAAAGACCUGCAGUUACUGGGGUUGGUGGCAGCCCUAGUGAUAGCUGAUGUGAUCCUGCUCAUGACAUGGGUACUGACUGAUCCCAUCCAGUGUCUCCAGAUUCUUGGUGUCAGUAUGACGGUAUCAGGGAGAGAAGUGUCCUGCUCGCUGACCGGCACACACUUCUGUGCUUCCCGGUACUCCGAUGUCUGGAUUGCUCUCGUUUUGGGAUGCAAGGGUCUGCUGCUGCUGUAUGGUGCCUACCUGGCUGGCCUGACUGACCAUGUCAGCUCUCCUCCUGUGAAUCAGUCUUUAACCAUCAUGGUUGGAGUCAACCUUGUGGUGCUGACUGCUGGGCUUCUUUUUGUGGUCACCAGAUACUUGCACUCCUGGCCCAACCUGGUCUUUGGUCUCACGUCUGGAGGAAUCUUUGUUUGCACAACCACCAUCAACUGCCUCAUCUUCAUUCCCCAGCUGAAGCAAUGGAAGGCAUUUGAAGAGGAAAACCAAACAAUUAGAUGCAUGGCCAAAUAUUUCAGCACUCCCAGCAAAAGCUGCCCUACCCAGUAUGGUGAGGAACAGAACUGCCACGCUAGAGGAGAGAAAACCUCCAUGGAAAGACUCCUCACUGAAAAAAAUGCUGUGAUUGAAAGCCUGCAGGAACAAGUAAACAACGCCAAAGAGAAGCUAGUGAGGCUGAUGUCAGCUGAGUGUAACUAUGACCCCCAAGAGUGGGUUGUCUUUCCUGCCUCUUCCCACAGUGAGGAUGGCCAAGCCACAGCCCCCGUGAGUGGCCUGGCAACUCAAAGGCAUUCGCUAUGCUUCUCUGACUCUGAGAAUGGUACCAGUGCGGCUGCCCAGGACUCCCAGACUACCUCAGUGCCCUCCCCAAGUGCACAAAGCUUCAAGGGGCCGGGGAAGGACUCUGGCUCCUCCCCAGGGCAGAUGUCUGACUUGAAAGACUUUUCUGAUCAUUUAAAUUUGGGCUACAGUCAGAAGCCACAGGCUGAGCAAAGCCAGGAUGCAGAAAAAAGAGACCAGGUACCCAUGGCCUCCCACCAGAGUAUCAUACCGGGUGAAGAAGGCUCUGUUCCUAGGAAACUGGGGCAGCUGGAGAACUCAGGGGAGCCCCAAAAGCGGCUGUCCAGGGUCAAUUCAGUGAUCAGGGAGAAGCUUCAGGAAGUCUUACAAGAUCUGGGCCUGAGCCACGAGGCUCCACUCCCCUCUUCCCUGUCUUGUCCCCAGCAACCCUGGAAGAGUAGUGCUGCCCACAGCGCCCCAAAGAUGCCCCUCCCUAAGGAGCUGGGCUUUAGCCCACACAUGGUGAGGAGAAGGCGGGCAGCACAGCGGGCUCGCUCACACUUUCCAGGCUCUGUACCCUCAGCUGUGGGGCAUCGGGCAAAUAAGAUUUUAUCUGGUGCAAAAAGUAGGUUAAAUGUGCAGAAUGGGGACAGCCUCUCCUUGGACCCCCAAACUGCUGAUUUGAGGGUACCCUCUUCCAAGAAGCCCUCACUACUCUCAGAUCCUCAAGGUAAGCCAGGCACCCUGAAGGACAGCAAACAAUGCCAGCCAGAGUCCCAGGGGACUGGAAGGAGCCGUGCAGCCUUUCCUCAUCAGCCUCCUAGUUCUGGCCAGGCACAAUGUCCUGCUGGCCCACCCCUGUCCAGAGCCUCACCAGAUUUGCCUGAGCAGCAACAGCCACAGUCCCCAGGGUCUCUAGUCUGUCCCUCCCUUUCUUCUCCAUGCAACUACCUUGACACUGAGUCCAGCAGCUCAGAUGAGUUCUUCUGCCACUGCCACAGGCCAUACUGUGAAAUCUGCUUCCAGAGUUCCUCUGAUUCCAGUGACAGUGGCUCGUCAGACACUGACCCUGAGCAUGCUGGGGGGCUGGCUUCCUGGGAAAAGCUGUGGGCCCGCUCAAAGCCUGUUGUGAACUUCAAAGAUGACUUGAAACCCACCCUGGUGUGAAACACAGCAGAGCAGGUCUGGAUACAGAGGUUAGUUCAGGACAAGCUGUACCAAGGCCUCCAGGAGGAAGGCCAGGUCUGGCUUUUGGGGAACACACCAGCACCCUGCAUUGAGCAGCCCUUACCAUGUGUCACCAGUGCUCACUUGAUCUAUAAAAAGAAGGGUAUUUCCUGUCUUGUUACUACCUCACAGCAUUCCUGUAGAAGACUCCAGCUGAGUGACCAUAAAAGUUACUCUAUGGAUAAAAGGUGCUAUGUGAGCACAGAAACUUUUCUGUACUAAUCAGCCUGUAUUCUACAAAACUCUUAAUACAUACCAGAUGGAUGACUGGUGGACAGACAGAUGGAGAGAUGGAAGGAAAAGUUCUGCAGAACCAGAAUUGAGGACUAUGAUCCGUCAAAGUGGCCUUUUGGUGACAGACCUGCUACAAAGAUAAGUUUCCUACAUUCUUGAGCAUCCCAUUCUUGGAAGGGGGCACGGUUGUGUUCCUGCUGAAGAUUAUAAAUUGCACCACCCACUGGGUUCCAGCUCUGACAAGACCCACUCACAGCCACCUCCACAGCACUAUUUGGCAUUCAUGUUUUCCCACCAUCGCGGCAGCUCGUCAUCAUCCCUGAGGUAGUCAGGGCUCAGGCUACCCAAAUCUCGCUCCUGGGCUUGAGUAGCACCUGAUGUCCAGGCUGCCUUCUGGUCCUGUGGUCCAUUCCUCAGAUCCCGCCAGUGGCACAGGUCAGCACACUGGCGGCCUCUGUUACAGUGUGGGAGGCCUUGUUGUUGGUCAAGAGGCACUUUUGGUGCCAUUGGGGUCAUGUAGCCAUCAGUGGAUAAAUAAACCUGGAAAUAGAAAAUGGGGGAAAAGAAGGCAGGAAAGCAAAUGGGUUUUGAUCAUUUACCUUGAGUUUGGCACAGUACUUGGCAGUAUCAAGUUUCAAUAAUUCCUUGUGAUAAGCCUGGAAAGUAGACAGAUGGGAAACAUGCAGCUUCGAGAACUGAAGUGGCUUUCACAAUGUCACACUGCUGGACAGUGGCUGAUGUAGGACUUGCACACAGCUCAUGGGACUCCAAGUUGGUAGUUUUCCUUGGGAUACAGCUUUUUAUUCAUUCUUUUGGGAGUGGCAAGCAGGGCUUGGCAGCCCAGGCAAUAAAGCAAGGGUAGUGUGGGAAAGCUGAGAUGUUUUCACCCUGGAGUCCAGGACACUUGCCCCAAGAUAGCAAAACUGGGUUCUCCUUGCAGAGCAGCCCUCACUGCCUCAAGGCCCACCUGCACCUCUCAAGGGAGCUGGGGAGCUGGUGAAGGAUCAAUGUGGGGAACUUGUCUGCUGCCAGAGCCACAGGGAAAGCACAGACAGGUCCACUUUGCUUGUUGCUAAGCUGUUGUUGUUUGGAGGCCGUUCUCUGCCCCUAUCUGUGUGUGUGUACAUGUUCAUAUGCAGGAGUCUAAGCCUCAUUAGACAUGCCUGGGGUGGGGCAUUCAGCUCUAAAUGUCCCACAGAAGAUUUGUCAUGGACUCACAGAGGCUGCUGAUACUCAUGAAUAUCAAGACACUGGAUUGGGAGGUCCUCCUGGUAGCAGAGCUCCUUCUGUCAUCUAACUUCUACAUACAAAUGUCACAACUUAUUGUGCAUGUGGGUUUGUAGUGUCUGUUUGUGCUGUUUGUUUGUUGUCCAAGUGAUUGCUUAAUAAAAGAGAAAUGGCUCCCAAGGCAAGUCUCUUCAGAAAUUGUGGUCUUGGGCUGGGGAGUAGAGGCACAGAGAGUGGACACAUAGAGGCCUUCAGAGUUGGCACUGGGUUACCCUGGGUUUCCAAGUGUUAUGGAUAUCAUUUGUGACAGAAACAUCUGCCCCAGAGCCUAGAGGAAAUUCUGGAGACCCUGGACUCAUGUCACCCAUGGGGAUCCUGUGGUUGGGCUUCACCUCCUCCUUUCCUGUCAGCUCCUCCAGCUCCCUUCCUCUCAGUAGGUCACCACUAGGCACCUACCGUUUAUGAGUGUGGACUAUGCAGGCUCUACACCUGGCCAUCUUUCUAUCCUUCUCACUCUCUCUGUUCCUACAUUCUUGGUCCCACCAUUCCAGCCCUUCUGCAUCUCCAUUCCUCUUCUAUCUCGAAUUCUUUUCCCUUCUUUGCAUACCUUGUGAAUUAUUUAUCCUUCAAGACUCAGAUGGAGCCCUGACUGGUGUGGCUCAGUGGACAGAGCACUGGCCUGCAA